AUGGCGAACCCCCCAGACUCGUACCAGGACCUCUCCCUCCCGGCAGUGCGCCUCUCGCACCACCCGCCCUCCUCCAAGUCCGUCACCCCCGUGGUCGUGGUCAUCCUCAACCGGCCGGGGCACAAGAACGCCUUCAACGUGGACAUGAUGGCCUCGCUGGAGAAGGCCUUCGGCAUGCUGAGCUCCGACCCGCGCGUGAGGUGCGUCGUCCUCACCGGCUCGGACCCGGAGAACAAGAUCUUUUGCGCGGGCAUGGACCUCGCCGGCGGGGGCAAGGCAUCCGGGGACGACGGGCCUCCGGACGCCCCGGGGCCGGUGAGCCGGGACACACACCGCGACGGCGGCGGCCGCGCCGCCCUCGCCAUCUACCGCUGCCGCAAGCCCGUGAUAGCAGCCCUGAACGGGUCCGCCGUGGGCGUGGGGAUAACCAUGACGCUCCCCUGCGCGAUCCGCGUGGCCCCCGCGGCCGCAAAGGUGGGCUUCGUGUUCGCGCGGCGCGGGCUGGUCAUGGAGGCGUGCAGCUCCUUCUUCCUGCCGCGGCUGGUGGGCGCCUCGCGCGCGCUGCACCUCGUCACGACGGGCGCCGUGCACGACGCGUCCGACCGGCUCCUCGACGGCCUCUUCACCGAGCUCGUGGGCGGCGGGGCCGAGGUCCUCCCCCGGGCGCUGGCGCUCGCCGAGGGCGUCGCGCGCGACUGCUCCGCUGUUAGUGUUGUCACGAUGCGGGACAUGAUCUUCCGCGGCGCGGGCAGCCCUGAGGAGGCGCACCUGCUCGAGAGCCGGAUCCUGUAUGACCUGUUCCGCGGGGACGACCUGGCCGAGGGGGUGAGGAGCUUCCUUGAGAAGAGGGAGCCCCGGUUCACGGGGACGAUGGAGGAGAACGCGCCGAGCGUGUACCCUUGGUGGGAGGACAAGCUGAAGGGCCCGCAGUCGAAGCUGUGA